GGCCAAGUGCCGAUCGAAGUCCGAAGAAACGCAGAAAGCCAGAAACGUCACCGGCAGAAACAAGAGAGCCCACUGCCCGACAGCCCCGACUCGCCGCCUCUACCGCCGGACCAGCUCCACCCUCCAGUUUCUUUUCAUCAUUGGAGGAAGAUUGGCGAUUUCUUGAUAUUCAUUAUGGGCUUUGUUUAUGAGUUUGGGCUGACAAGGAGACUCCUUGUCCAAAACUGAUAAUCGCAAUGACAAAAGAAAGUAGCACGAAAAAUUUUCCCAGGGUGCAAUUGGAGGGUAUCACAGACAGAAGUAGAGACCGGUGGAAGCAGAGGCAUAGACGGGUUGUAGAAAUUGACGCACCAGAUGUCACCCACGACACUUCGAAGCUCCAAGCACACUUUAGAGGCAACACUUUGAAGAUCCAAGCAGAAAGGUUCAGAGAUGGAAGAAGUAGAACCCACAUUCAACUCUACAAUUCAUCCCUUCUGGGAAGAUAUUGAACGCGCUGAAAGUUAUCUGGUGUGCUGUAUGUACGAUGAGGCAGCCUCUUGUUCUCACUCUGUGCUGAAGAGCUUGUUAGAGAUUAUUAAUUCUAACAACAAUAACAUACACAAUCAUGAAAUUGCAGAAUGCAAUGAUGAAUUGGAUGAUAUGUUGGAGUCGGCUGGAAUGGCCUUUGUCCAGUCUUUGAAUCAACUUGGAAGGAUCUCAGAAAUACUGAAAGAACUUAAGAUGUUGUUUGGUUCAGUCACUGCCAUCCCUGCUCAUGUCUUCUAUACUGGGUAACUUCUUUAUAUUACAUGUUCGACCUAAUGUUCAUGAAAGGAUGACUAGUACCGCAGACUCUUCUCUGCAUUUGUCUCAUACUCUCAUUUACUCUGAUCAUGUAUAUUAGUUUGUUACAGUAGUUUUAUGUUUACCAUCAAAUCCCUUGCAUGUGACAAUGAUUAUAGAAACAUUGAAGUUUCAUUAAAAGUUGAACUAUAUUAUUUUCUAUUCAUUAAAUAAUUCUGUGUAGACAUAUCCACAUUUGUAUACAUAUUGGACUAUUUGGAUAGGCGUCCAUUGCUAAUGGAGCUAUGAGAGUCAUCAUUGACGAAGGUUUUUUUUAGGGCACAUAAUGGACCAAGUGGGUGUUUUCUGUGCUU